UGGCGGCAAUACGCCAUGACAUCGUUUCCCAACCGCAAUGAAAAACAUUAAGAAGAAGAAGAAGAAGAAGAAGAGCCGUGCACUUCAGGCGUUAACAUCACUACAAGGGCAGUUCAGCUCAACCAGCGCUACGUUUAUUGUCAGUAAUUCUCCAGGUCCCAUUAUGCGCAGUGCGUAUCUCCUCCUGAUACCAGCUCUGCUGCUCCUCCUGGCCCUUCCUGUCUCCAAGGGACGCUACAAUGAUGACUUUGAUGAUGGCGAGGACCUAGCAGACUUUGAUGACAAUGACUUUGCUGAGUUUGAGGACAUGAACGAUGAUCCAGCGGCCGAGGAAGAAACUGCCCCUCCGCCUCGUGUCUCACCGUCCUCGCAGCCUGAAGAGGAUGAAGAUGAAGAUGAAGCCACUGUGGAGCUGGAGGAUGGCCAAGAUGGUUUUGAGGACUCAGAGACACAGGAUCAAGACAUGUACAGCAAAUAUGACCAGGAGGAGUUUGAGGGGAUUGGAGACAUGGAGAAGACAGGCCACUCCAUGAAGGAUCCCCUCAUAAUCCACACAGUUCCUGCACAUCUGCAAAACAGCUGGGAGAGUUAUUACAUGGAGAUCCUGAUGGUGACUGGCCUGUUGGCCUACAUCAUGAACUACAUCAUUGGCAAGAACAAGAACAGUCGCCUUGCUCAGGCCUGGUUCAACUCACACAGAGAACUUCUAGAGAGCAACUUUGCACUAGUGGGUGACGAUGGCACCAGUAAAGAAGCAGUGAGCACUGGGAAGCUGAAUCAGGAAAAUGAGCACAUCUACAACCUUUGGUGCUCGGGACGUGUGUGCUGUGAAGGCAUGCUGAUCCAACUUAAGUUUCUGAAGAGGCAGGACCUGCUCAAUGUUCUGGCCAGGAUGAUGAGGCCCAUCUGUGAUCAAGUGCAAAUCAAAGUGACUCUUAAUGAGGAGGACAUGGACACUUUUGUGUUUGCUGUUGGCACCAAGAAGGCCAUGGCCAGGCUUCAGAAGGAGAUGCAGGACUUGAGUGAGUUCUGCGGGGACAAGCCUAAGUCUGGGGCAAAGUAUGGGCUCCCAGACUCCCUGGCUAUUCUAAGUGAGAUGGGUGAAGUCACAGAUGGGGUGAUGGACAACAAGAUGGUGCAUUAUAUCACCAACAAUGCUGACAAGAUUGAGUCCAUUCAUUUCUCGGACCAAUUUUCUGGUCCAAAAGUUAUGCAAGAGGAGGGUCAGCCCUUAAAGCUGCCUGAGACCAAGAAGACGCUGCUGUUUACAUUUAAUGUGCCUGGCAUGGGCAACACCUCUCCCAAAGACAUGGAUGCUCUGCUCCCUCUCAUGAACAUGGUGAUCUACAGCAUCGAUAAAGUCAAGAAACUCCGUCUCAACAGAGAGGGCAAACAGAAAGCAGACAGAAACCGGGCCCGUGUGGAGGAGAACUUCCUGAAGCAGACUCACGCUCAGCGUCAGGAGGCAGCCCAGACCCGCCGGGAGGAGAAGAAGAGGGCUGAGAAAGAGAGGAUCAUGAAUGAGGAGGACCCUGACAGACAACGUCGUCUUGAGGAAGCAGCCCAGCGGCGAGAGCAGAAGAAGAUUGAGAAGAAGCAGAUGAAGAUGAAGCAGAUCAAAGUGAAAGCCAUGUGAAAGACCACCACAGAGAUAGUGAAACAAGCACAGUGCCCAGCUCAGACACUUUUCUCCACAGUCUGCAGCUCUGGCUCACAGUCGCUCCAGCUCUAAAAAGACAUCCUGUGCCUCUGGGUGUGUCAAGCUUAGCUGUCUCUGUCACCGCCUGCUCCAUUUGGUGUGGCUGAAAGUUAAUGACUGAGAGUGAACUGUCCAUGUUAAGUGAGAGGGGCUGUCUCACCAUCAUAUCUCACCACAAUUCCUGCCGGGAAUUUUUUUUUUUUUUUCUUUUCUCUCCAACCAUCUUCUCAAAAUGUAAUCAAAGCUCUGUUUGAAAGCUAGCUUAGGGAGCUUUUUAACUAAAAUCUGCUGGGAGAGAACACACCAUUUGGUGAUAUUAGGCCACAUUUUAAAAAGAAAUAAAGCAUUGCUGUGGUUUCAGCAGAAAUGUAUUAGCAUUAAUAUAAUCUUAAACAAUACUAUCAUGGACAUUUUAAUUUAUAUCUGCUAUGAUUGGUUUCAUGCAGGCUGUUUCUAAUGAAUAUCUGAGCAAACAUAAUAAAAUGCACUGGAGUCUGUUAA